AUGCCCAAAUAUUACUGCGAUUACUGUGAUACUUUCCUAACCCAUGACUCUCCGUCAGUAAGGAAGACACACAAUGGAGGAAGGAAACACAAGGAAAAUGUGAGGAUGUAUUACCAAGCGUGGAUGGAACAACAAGCACAGAAGUUGGUUGACGCCACUGCUAGGGCCUUUACCCAGCAGAGAAUGCUCGCCAAUAAUGCUCAGAUGGCCGCGCAAAUACCUAUGGUAAGUCGAAUUUUUGUUUGGAUUAUUUCGAAUUUUAGCCCGGCCGACCUCCAGUUCUCCCACCUACGGCCAUGAUCCGUCCUCCAGUGCAAUUCCCGUAUAUACCUCAAGGUCUCCCCAUGGGAAUUAGACCAGGUCUCCCUCCCAAUGCUGCCCAUUUCCCUGGACAAAUCCCAGUGCCCGGUCAGAUCCCCGUUCCAGGCCAAAUCCCUGUUCCUGGUCAGGUUCCCAUACCUGGAACUAUGCCUGGACAAAUGCCUGCUCAAGUAAAUGCGCAACUUCAGAGUAUGAUGGCACAAAGAUUACCACCGACGUCGUAA